ACGUUUUGCAACUGUUUGGUGUAAGGAUUACACCCCUGAACUCACCCACCUACGCUCACGUGGAAGCUUACGGUAGCGUGUGCGACUCACCUUCAGUUUCAACGCCACGCCCAUACCUGCAGAAACCAGGAAAUAUAAAGCUUUGAUGGAAGACGAACUGCUUAUUUUGUUACUUCAAAACUCACAUUCUGUUGGUGGACUAUCAUAUUCGGUAUUUAAUUGUGCAUUUCCAUAGCAAACUAUCAAAUAUCCAGAACUUCCAUUAGGGACACACCCAGUACUGACCAGUCCAACACUGACCUGUUCAGGUCCAGCUGCUCCUGGGAUAGGUUCUACUGGACCAAGGAAGCCCAGUACCUGUGUCUCCGUCGACUCUCUGCACGCAGCUACUCUGCUAUUCUGAGGGUGACUACCUCAUGAAGCUGGUUUAGAGAAUGCCAAGAGUGUGCAAAGCUGUCAUCAAGGCAAAGGGUGGCUACUUUGAAGAAUCUCAAGUAUAUUUUGAUUUGUUUAACACUUUUUUUUGGUUACUACAUGAUUCAAUAUGUGUUAUUUCAUAGUUUUGAUGUCUUCACUAUUAUCCUACAAUGUAGAAAAUAGGAAAAAUAAAGAAACGCUGGAAUGAUUAGGUGUUCCAAAACUUUUGGCCGGUUGUGUGUGCGUGCCUGCGUGUGUGCGCUAUGCAGAAAUCGCUCCGCCAUUUCCUGGUUGCUAAAAUUUGAAUAGUUCACCUAAUUUCAGGUUGUGACAAAACAAGCAAGUAUAGUGUAGUGCAGCCAAACUCAACUGGCGGUCCGAGUCCAGACCCAGAGAACAGUCAAUCCGGAUGGGACAACAUAUUGCAUUUUGUUAUAUAAAAGUCAAUACAUUCUUUUUUUGACAGCUUUUAAAAAAUCUACCGGCGCAGCGGCCUCUUAAACUCGGCAACCUCUCACUCUCUCUCUCUCUAUUGAAGCAACGCUCACCUCUACUAGUGCCUACUAAUCCGAUCGCGUGGUUAUGUGCAAAUACAAGAGGCCACGUCUUACACAAUCACAUUAAUUCAAAUAUCCUUUGCAGAACCUUGGGACAAGCAGGCAGAAAGAAGCAGAUUUUACCGCAGUUCAACUGUAAAUAUGACAGAAGGAGCUUUGUUACCAGUAUCUUUGUUUAAUAUGGCUUGUUAAAUAAAAAAUAAAGUUAAACCAUGUAUUCAAAGACGAGUGGACGGAACAGUAUUCAUUCAUUCUCCCUGCAACUAGCACAAAACCAAUGUGUCUGUAGCUCUUGUGAAAAGUGUCAAUGUUAAGUGCCAUUAUCACACCAGGCAUAGUAAAUUCGAUCAGAUGUGUCCCCUGAACACAGAGGUGAGAAAAAACAAGAUUAACUUACUCAAAUCCCACACCAAAGUCCUUGUCAAUUCCCUGGCAGCCCAACAACGUGCAAUGGAGUGUUCACUGAGGAUAGCUUGGGUUUUGGGGGAAAAAAACUUUUUCAGAUGCUGAGAUGGUAAAAGAAUGCAUGUGUGAAGUUGCUGACACCUUGCUUGAAGGUAAACUAAAAGAUGAGCUCAUGGAAAAGAUGAAACUGAUCCCACUGUCAGAUUCCACAGCAAUGAGGAAAACUGAAAUAUUAGCUGAAGAUAUAACUUAACAACUUGAGGCCAUUCAGAGUUAAAUGCAUGGUGCAUUCUGUAGUGGGAUCUGUUUGAUCUUUUCCAUGAGCUCAUCUUUUAGUUUACCUUCAAGCAAAGGUGUUUGCAUAGAUAAUUAUGCAACCACUUUUGUUCUUCAGCAUGUUUACAAUCGAAAUGAGUUGUAAUUCAAAUUCUUAGUCUAAUUUAAUGUACAGACCUGUUUAUUACUAUGCUGUACCACAGCGCCAAUAAAGGACAAUAUCCAUCAGGACAUUUGCCACCAAGGACAUUUGUCACUGGACCUUCUGAAAUAGUAGUUGAGUACCCCUGGUGUAAAGCAUCAUUGUAGCAUCUAAACCAUUGUGAAAUGACUUUUCCAUAACAACAAAUAUUGUAUUUUCAGCUGUUUGAAGCUUGUGUACAAAACUGAAAGUAAAAAACGAAACUUAAGCAUGUGAAACAUGCACACAUAGAAGAGAUACCACUUCUUGACUUGCUUUCUAUAAUGACAGAUCUAUACCUCAUAAUUCUAUGUGAAUGUGGUUGCUUUAAGUAAUCUGGAAGGAUCCAUUUUGCCCGAAAAUUUACAGCAUUCCAAGCAAAAAUGAAUGCGUGUUUUAUAUUUUUUUUGUAAAGGUAAAAUGUACAUUUUGAGCAUUUCUAUCAGUUAUUUGAUUUUUUUGUUGUAGCAAUGGACUGCAAUUCCUCUACAUAUUUGUCGAGAUGAAAAUAUCGAGACCACUUAGGUUACCCCAUCUUGAAUUGGUACAUCCUAAUACUGUCGUCCCUUUCAGGGGCUCUCUAACUGACUCAAUUUGCUGGGUUGUUUUACUGAUUAUUUAAAAAAACAUGGGGGCAUUUUAAAAAAUAUAUUGGAUGCAUGUUACUUUGCAUGUUACUAUUAACAAUGGUCGUUGCCUAAUUUCCUUUGUUUGAAUCACAAGAAAAGUGGUCUCCGGUUUGAAAGUGCAUAAUGCCCGUAAAUGGAGGGAGACUCUUCAGUCUUAGUAGAUAUGAGACACAUUAUUUCAAAAGCCCAGUCAUGGAGGAAACCAUGUGGGAGCAGUAUACUGUGACACUGCAGAGGGACCCCAAGAUGGGUUUUGGUAUUGCAGUGUCCGGUGGGCGGGACAACCCCAACGAGGAAAACGGGGAGAUGUCCAUAGUAGUGUCUGACGUGCUUCAGGGAGGGCCCGCCGAUGGCCUGCUAUUUGAGAAUGACCGGGUGGUGCAGGUGAACGCUACUCCCAUGGAUGGUGUGCCACACUCCUUCGCUGUACAGACCCUCAGAAAGUGUGGAAAAGUAGCCAAAAUUACGGUCAAGAGGCCCAGGAAGGUUCCGGUCAACCUGCUGAAACACGGCCCUUCCCCUGACGACCGUGUCUUCAGCAACAAUGAUUAUGACCAGGACCGCCACAGUGUGUACAGUGGACGCAGCGGUCAUCAAGAUCGCGACCACAGCCAGGAGAGGGGAGGUUACACAGACGCUGGCUACCAGGGACAGGGCUUUGACCGGGAUUACGGUCGAGAUGACCGGGGAAGGAGUAUGGAGAGGGACCUUGAUCCAGAGAGGCAGUACAGACGUGACGGCAGCAAAGGUCGGACUCUGGACCGCGAACGUAGCCCUGACCGCCGCUACAAAAGUGACCGCACUCUUGACCGUGACCACAGCCCCAAUCUGCGUUACCGUAGUGAUCUUACUCUCGACCGCGAGCCCAGCCCAGACCGCCGCUACCGCAGUGAGCGGGCCCUUGACCGCGACCCCAGCCCUGACAGGCGUUUCCGUAGCGAACGCACUCUGGACUGCACUAACAGCCCUGACUUGCGAUACAGAGCCAGUCACGGUCGUGACCGCAGCUUUGAGCGGAACCACAAACAUGUUCCUAGUGACCGCGACCAGAGGAAGGAGCAGAUGAAGAGGAGUGGGAGCAGGGAACGUCUGGAUCGUUCACCCUCCCCCGCCUCCAUGCCAAUCCCCAUGUCCCGCCCUCCUCGGGAGCCGGAGCCCCUGGAGAAACCCGUUAGUGUGCUGCUACUGAAGAACAGGCCCAACGAAGAGUAUGGUCUGCAUCUGGGUAGUCAGCUGUUCAUUAAGGAGAUGACCAGCACAGGUCUGGCCUGCAGGGAUGGCAACCUCCAGGAGGGAGACAUCAUACUGAAGAUCAAUGGUACGGUGACAGAGAACCUGUCUCUGAGUGAUGCAGGGAAGCUGAUCGAGAAGUCUCGUGGGAAGCUGCAGCUGGUGGUGCAGAGAGACAGAAGACAGGUCCUCGUCAGGAUUCCUCCCCUGGCAGACAGUGACUCUGAGCUUGAUGAUAUCUCGGAGAUCGAGUCGUACCGCUCCUACUCGCCACAGGAUGACCGACGGGCCCCCACCUCAGACCUGUCUUCCCAUUCCUCCAAUGAGAGGCUCCGAGACAAACCCAGGGAGGACCCACCAAGCAGGCUGGCUAAGAUGGGCGCCAUGCCAACACCGUUCGCCAUGCCGGCACGAGUAUCAGAUAGAGUUAUGGAGGACACGCCCCCUCUGCCAGCAGAGAGGAAGGAGUCCCGCCCAGAAACGCCCCCAGCACCGGUAGUCAAUGUUGCCCCAAAAGUCCACGCUGCCCCAAAGCUGCCACUGAGGCCAAGCAUAGAGGACCAGGACAUAUACGGCCCCAACACGGGGAUGGUGCGUUUCCAGAAGGGAGAUAGCGUGGGGCUGAGGCUGGCGGGAGGAAACGAUGUGGGAAUCUUCAUUGCAGGCAUUCAGGAGGACAGCCCUGCAGAACAGGAGGGCCUUCGCACCGGGGACCAGAUCAUGAAGGUGAAUAACAUGGACUUCAGGGGCAUAGUGCGUGAGGAUGCUGUCCUGUACUUGCUGGAGAUUCCAAAGGGAGAUGAUGUCACCAUCCUGGCUCAGAGCAAACCUGAUGUCUAUAAGGACAUCCUGGCAUCGGGUAGGGGGGACUCUUUCUUCAUCAGGACCCACUUUGAGUAUGAGAAAGAGGUUCCCCAGAGCCUGCCCUUCUUCCGGGGGGAGAUCUUCAAGGUGACGGACACACUCUAUGACGGCAAGCUUGGUAACUGGCUGGCCAUCCGCACUGACAAAGACAACCAGCUGCUGGAGAAGGGCAUCAUCCCCAAUAAGAGCAGGGCCGAACAAAUGUCAAAUGUGCAGAACGCCCAGAGAGGAACAGCCAAUGACAGAGGAGACUUCUGGAGGUUGAGAGGUCAAAGAGCGGUGAAGAAGGACCUCCGUAAGAGCAGAGAGGACCUGACUGCCAUCUCUGUCACCACACGCUUCCCUGCCUAUGAGAGGGUGGUCUUACGAGAAGCUGGCUUCAGGAGACCAGUGGUUGUGUUUGGGCCCAUCGCAGACGCAGUCAAUGAGAAACUGGGAAACGACCUGCCUGAAGAGUUUGUCAUAGCCAAGACUGAGCCCAAGGAUGCAGGCACAGAGAAGUCCUCCGGUGUGGUGAGACUCAAUACCAUUCGACAGAUCAUAGAACAGGACCGCCAUGCCCUGCUGGAUGUAACUCCCAAGGCGGUGGACACCCUGAAUUACACCCAGUGGUACCCCAUCGUGGUGUUCCUCAACCCGGACAGCAAGGGUGGCGUCAAGACCAUGAGGAACCGCCUGGUGCCCGGCUCCAGCCGCAGUGCCCGCAAACUCUACGAGCAGGCGGUCAAACUGAGGAAGACCUGUUCUCACCUCUUCACUGCGACCAUUGACCUGAACUCAGCCAAUGACGGGUGGUACGGGAGUGUGAAGGACUCUAUCCGGGCACAGCAGGAGCGGGCCGUGUGGGUCUGUGAGGGCAAGUUGGACGCCUCGGAGGAGGACCUGGAUAUCCAUGACGACCGAAUGUCAUACCUGUCAGCGAUGAGCGCUGACUACCUGAGCAUGGACAGCCGGCUGACCAGCGACUACGAAGACAUGGCCGAUGAGGGCGGUGCUUACACCGACAACGAGCUGGACGAGCCAAUGGACGAGCCCCAUCAGCUGGUGUCGGCAAUCAGCCGCUCCUCAGAGCCCGUACUUAUAGAGGAGAGAGCCCAUCCUGCCCCCAUACCUCGUAUGAGGCGAUCAGGGAGCAGAGAGGUGCUGAGAGACCCCAGUCCACCCCCCUCCUUCGUCCCUGAGCCCCCCAAGCAGGUGAGGGUGCAGUCUCGCGGGGGCUACGACUCCCACUCCAGUAGCACCAUUAGCAGCGACACUGCCGGGGGGCCCAAGCCAACCCCACCUCCAGUUGCCCUCAAGCCCACUGUGGCCCUUAAGCCCACUCUGAGGGCACUCAACCAGUCAUCUGAGGACCACGCUGUCCCGGAGGGAGAGGACCCGGCCAACCGCUCCUUCAUGGGCAAGGUGAAGGCCUUCGAAAAGAUGGACCACCUGGCCAGAGCCCAGAGGAUGCUGGAGCUCCAGGAGGCCGAGCAAGCACGGCUGGAAAUAGCCCAGAAGCAUCCAGACAUCUAUGCAGUCCCAGUGAAACUACCAAAGCCCAACCACAACCGCCCACAGCCAAUAGGCUCCAGCUCCAACCCCAACCCGGAGCCCCAGACCCCAUCCUCCAGGCCUCCGUACUCUGAGAGCAGGGGUCACUAUGACGACGAGGAAGAGUACCGCAGACAGCUGGCCGACCAGACCAGACGAGGCUACUACAGUAACCCCCAGAAAUACAAAGACACUGAGCUGUAGGACAGACAGACCCACCUAUCGCACCCUUCCGUUCUCACCCAAUCAGCGAGGCCCUCACUGUGCUCACUCAAACAGCCUAGUGUUAUGGUUGCCUAUCUGAAUCUUUGGCCCGACCUAGUGGCAGGAGGAUAUAUCCCGUUCCUUGUGACCACUAACCAAGUAUGUGUCCUUACCUUGACUAUUUGUUUGCCACACUAUGUGGAUGGUGACUCGGCAUUUUAACCUCCCAACCUCACAAUGUCUACCCUGAUGGGUAGUGUUUGAUCUUCACCCUCAACCCCUCAGUCAUAUCUGCCCAAACCAAUGGAGUCUGAGUACCCUGUCUUUUUUUUAUGUAUAAACCUUACAUUUGUGUAUAUAUUUAUCUUUAUACAUCUUAAGCAUUCUUUGUUACAUUAAUACAAAUGUAUUUGGACGGACAGAAUAUUCUGUCUACUGCUGCUCUAUGGUCUGCUAGUGGUGGAGAAUCUAGCCUUUAUCCUUUUAAAUCAUGCAUUGCAUACCCUUUUGAUUUACUCUACACUUGGACAUUUUGUCUCCAUAAAUACUAGAGAUCAGCACAUACAAAGUGCCUUUAGCUCUGAAAGUGUAACAGUGUCAGAUCACUGAAAGAACAAACAAGCAGUCAACACUUGGCUCUCAGAGGUGAUGGGCAAAACAUGCCAGUUUACUUCUCUGGAUUAGCUGCAUACAUACAACCUGAGACGAUCACAUUUUUAUGGCAUAUACAGUAUAUACGUUUUUCUUUUUUUACCAUGGUGUAUAGGAGAGUGACUCUUACUGUCUUUAACAUGUCUGUUGCUUUGCUCUACGUGUCUGUGUUCCUCAGGCUGCUGAAAUCGACUGUAGGGAGUUUAACUUUCUCAAACAAAUACACAUAAAUAAAUAACUUUUUAACUUUCA